CACAGGCAGUGGCUUGACAAGUGAUGUCACCGUGGUAGGUGGGGCUACAUGAGAUGUUAUGCUAUCACCUGGAAAAAAGUGAUGUCAGAGCCAGAGACCCACGAACAGAGGAGAUCGUGUCAACGCUGGACCAGGCAGUGACGUCACUGGCAGGCCAGGAAGUGAUGUCACCCUCAGAUCAGGAGGCGUCAGGCCUGGACCAGGUUCUGAUGUUACCUAGGCACCAGGAAAUGACAUCACCGACAUACUUGGAUGGCAGACCCACACCAGACAGUGACAUCAUCAGAACAUCAGGAAGUGACAUCAUGACUAAACCCAGAGCAGAGCUCGCUGACGUCCCCGGCGGCAUCCCUGGCCUCCGGCAGCGUCCCUGCUCGGCGUCUCCGCUCCCCAGCGACGUCCCCGCUGCCCGGUGACAUCACUGCUCCCCGGUGACGUCCUCACCCCCCUGCCAUGGCGGAGGCGGUGCACUACAUCCACCUGCAGAACUUCAGCAAGUCGCUGCUGGAGACGCUCAACGGGCAGCGCCUGGGCGGCCACUUCUGCGACGUGACGGUGCGCAUCCGGGAGGCGACGCUGCGGGCCCACCGCUGCGUGCUGGCCGCCGGCAGCCCCUUCUUCCACGACAAGCUGCUGCUGGGCCACUCGGCCAUCGAGGUGCCGCCUGUAGUGCCCAGCGGCGCCGUGCGCCAGCUCGUCGAGUUCAUGUACAGCGGCUGCCUCGUCGUCGCCCAGUCCGAGGCUCUGCAGAUCCUCACGGCCGCCUCCAUCCUCCAGAUCAAGACGGUCAUCGACGAGUGCACUCAGAUCAUCUCGCAGAGCCGCGGCCCCAAAGCUUUGGCCGUAGCCCGGCCGCCCGAGCCACCCAAGGAGGCCGAGGCGGAGGUGCCCGAGGCGCCCAAGGGAGCUGACGUGCGCUACAAGCUACGAGACCUGCUGGCAGCGGCGCAGCGCGAUGCCGAGGGGCGUUUUGGGGCGCCCGAGCCAGCGCCCAGCUGCCACAGCCGCAAGCAGCGCCAGCCGCUGCGGCUCCAGCUGCCCGUCAAGGAGGAGGAGGAGGGCGGCGGAGGCAGCAGCGGUGGUGGCGAGGAAGGCUUCGCCCCGGCGCCUUUCGCCACUGCCGCCGAGGAGCCCCAAUUCUUCGGGGCACCUGAGGUCUUCGCUGAGGCGUUUCUGCCACCUUGGCCGGGCGAGGACGGCAGCAAAUUUGGGCCUGACUGCAGCCUGGAGGCAGCGGGCCGGGGCUUCGCCUUCGGGGCCAAGGCGCCCGCAGGCACCGACGCCUUCGCCUUCACCCCGGCACCGCCGCCACCGCCGCCGGCACCGUUCUACGAGGCUGGGGCCGAGGUGGGGCUGAGCCCUGGCGCCCCAGCGGCUCCCGCGGCGUCGCGGCCCGGCCCCUCGCGCUGCCCCGAACCCUCCUACCAGUGCGGCCACUGCCAGAAAACCUUCAGCUCCCGCAAGAACUACACCAAGCACAUGUUCAUCCACUCCGGCGAGAAGCCCCACCAGUGCUCGAUCUGCUGGCGCUCCUUCUCGCUGCGCGACUACCUGCUGAAGCACAUGGUGACGCACACGGGCGUGCGCGCCUUCCAGUGCGGCGUCUGCUGCAAGCGCUUCACCCAGAAGAGCUCCCUCAACGUCCACAUGCGCACCCACCGCCCCGAGCGCUUCCAGUGCCGCCUCUGCACCAAGGGCUUCUCCCACCGCACCCUCCUGGAGCGCCACGCUGCCGCCAACCACCCUGCCGCCGCUGCCGGGCCGCCCCCGCCGCCCGCCGACGCCUGGCAGCCCGAACCGCCGGCUCCCGAAGCCGGCCUGGCCGGUUGGCAGGGCGCCGAGGCCGGCCCGGCUUGACGGCGCUCGCCGUCGCCCUCGUCCUCUGCCUCCGCCUCGCGAACUCAGCGCCGUUCGCGGAGGAGGAAACCGGUUUCCGGCGCGUAACUCGCGGGGAGGAAGGGCAACGCGCCGGGCAGCGUGGCGCGCCGGCUUCGGCGCCCGUCGCGGGGGGCGGCUGAGAGCGAGGAAGGACGAGGAAGGGCAGCCCGCGGCUUCCGGCCCCGCGCGCCGGGUUAUUAAACGGCUGUCGGCGCCGCGCGCGCGCGUUAUGCCCAGCGGGCUCUGAAAAAUCAACACGAACGUUUUAAGGAAACAA